AUGUCUACGCACAGUUUGAAUGAAUCGAUUUUAAAUCAUUUAUUUCUUCCUUAUGAACUACCAACAUCAGCAGAUGCUGAUUAUUUAAUUCAAUAUAAACAUCAAAAUGGAUAUAGACUUCUGGAAAGUUUCAAUGAAUUUUUGGAAUCUUUAGCUCCGCAAAAAACUCUACCGAUCUUUUCAAUUCUUAAGAACUGUAUUCAAAAUUGGUCAGUAAUACAGAAUAUACAAAAUUGCACCAUAUCAAAUUUACAAUCGGCUAUUAGAAAGCUGACACCUGGUGAUUUCCUUCCGCUGUAUUGUCAUGCUCAAAAUGCUGCCAUUUUGAUUGAAAUAGAUGAAAAUCCUCUUAAUCAACCAUUAAUAUCAUCUUGGCAAGUAUUAUUACCAACAAAAACAGUCACAUCAUCUUUGCAACCAUAUGUAUCCUACUAUCCAACGCCAACAUUUCGAUUAUCAGAUUCUUCUCAAUUGACUUCUUCAGUCCAGUGCGAGUUGUUAGUCGAGUUUAUGACUAAUACCAUUGAAUAUGCCACAUCUUUGAAAGCAUCUUAUUUGUUCAACGAAACACGUGAAGUACCAAUCGCUCAUUAUGUUUGUCAAUGGUGGAUAACACAAUUUUCAGGCAUAAAAAACGAAAAUCUUGCGGAUACAUCAAUUCAAUUUAAGAAAAAAUAUCGUGAUCAAAUACGCUGCAAAUAUUCAUAUUCAACAUCACCUUUUCGACGUUCUGGUUUAUGGAUGACGAUGAAAGUCAUUCUUCAGACUAUUCUAACAAAACGUUUGGGCAAGAUUGGUAAUGUCGUUUAUAAGCUACUGAUCACGAAUUUUCUCACUUAUUUCAUUCAUAUGAGACAAGCUUCAAAAGAUACACAAAUAUCGAUUGAUUUACUCGUCCAUUGUCUUCGAAAAAUUGUUCGAAGAUUGAAUAAAAUUGAACAUAUGUCAUUAACUACCGAUUUAAAUGAUGUGAAACAAUGGAUGGAAACUGCCACAGAACAAAUCAAAGAGAAAAUUGAACAUAUUUUUCCAAGAUCAAAUUGGCAAAACCAUAUUCAUAUAAAUGAAAAACAAAUUCGUCUAUUGAAUCGCAAUCAACCUGAAAUCUAUCGACAUUCUUGUACGAAAUUAAAAGAUUAUUUAAAAAGACCUCAAUCGUCUUCCUCGUAUCGACCAUUUUCUCGCGAUUAUAAUUCUGUUCAGUUAGUGUCCACAAGUAUCAAAAACGAAGAUAAUGAAUUACCUUUCGUCACCGCUUUGAGUAAUUCCAAGAAUAAAACCAUCGAUUUUGCCUUAACACGUGUCGAAAUUUGGGUACAAACUUAUUUAGAACGAUGGAUCGAGCAUGCUUUAUCAUCCGAUAAUGGAGGCAAACGUUUUGAAGAUUUACAAAGUUUUUUCGAAGAUUAUCAACGAACAGCUCUAAAACACUAUUAUUCAGAAAAUAAUUUUACGGAUCCAAUUGGUUAUAGUCGAUAUAUUCUAACAUCGUUAAGAAUAAUUCGUUUUAUUCACAUGAAAUUAUGUAAAGAUCAACGAUUCGAAAGAUUGAAAUCUCAUGCCAUUCAAAUUCCGAAUCUCUUGGAGUUAUUUGAACUUUUAGUUUUACCAAGUCGAGAAGAGAUGAUUCGAGCUCGAAUUCUUUACGAUUAUUUCCAAGAAUUUAGUGCAAAACAAUAUCCCGACCUAUUAAGUAAUGUCGAUUCGAAGAAUGCAUUUGGGGUAUAUUUUGCCGAUCGAUCAGAACAGAUGAUUAAAGUUUUGACAGAAAUUCAAGCGCAAGUUGAAAAGGAUAAAAGCGCUAAAAGAGAAGAAGUGAUCCAAGAGAAAGCAAAAUAUGAUGAACUGAUGAAACAAGCAACUGAACUCAUAUGUGAAUGUAAAACAGAAUAUCCUUAUACAAAAUGUAAUCGAUGUAAGAUGGUUCAAAAAGCAAACAGUAUGAAAGUGGAGAUUUAUGAAUGCCCAAUACCAUCGAGACGCGAAAGUGCAUUAGCUGUGAUCUUUGAAUUACAAAUGUCUAUCGAAAUUCGAUGUUAUCGAGAUAUACUUUGGCAAUUUAUUAACCGGCCGACUCUGGUACCAUCGAAUAACAUGCACGAAUGGUUGAGUAUUUCUCCUCAUAGAAGUAAACUAAGUCAAUACAACACUGCUUCAUGCAAUCGUAAAGUAAAAUUAGUAUCAUCAACUAAAUCUAUAUCACAAACUCAUUAUUUUGCACCAAGACCGAUUUCAUGUACAAUUUUGGAAGAUUUUUUAUUGGAGAACAGUUUACAUGUACAGAUCUCUCCAACGAAGCCAGUUGCAUUUCAGGAUGAAUGCCGAACAUUAACUCCUCAAUUAACCGAUUCAAAUUACAAACUUUUACAGUUUUCUGUUGAUAAUACGCAAUUCGUACAAAAUCGUGUAAUUGCUCAACUAUCGAAUUGUUCAUCAUCAGUCAAGUCAUCACAAUUCAUCGAAUUCGGUUCAUUUCGUUCUGGUCAUCGUUUACAAUGGUGGAAUCUUUUGAGUAUAUUAGAAUUAGAUUCUCUAUCAAUGAAUGAGGAAAGUGUUGCCAUUCUUAUUAUACAUUCGCUUUUGCAAUAUGGUCCCGUGACAGAUAAUCGAGAGAAUCUUAUUUGUUAUUGGUGUCCAGAAUCACAUCAACAAUUAUUAGAUGAUGGUUUUGUUGAUGAAUUAAUCUUACGAGUAGAUCUUCGUUUAAAUGAAUGUAAAUGUAAUUGGCAACAUGAAUUAGUGCUAGUAAUUCUUACAAUCAUUGUUAUGAGAAUAUUGACUAUUUGUAAUUCAACGAAGAAAACUCAAAUGAUUGAUUUGGCUUUAAAAUGUCGUAAGAUAGCUGAAAAAUGGAUUGAACUAAUCUCGGAAAGUAUUCAUAAUCCAUCGUCGUUAGAAUUUGAUAAAGUUGAGACAUUACGUGAUAAACUUAGGAGUAUUGGUCUGGCAGGUUUAUUGACAUUUUCAUUACAUAUAGACAAUGCUGAUCGUAUGUCAUUAUCGAAUGAACAUGUUAUCUGUUUACUUAAACUAGCGACGACCGUUCAAGAUAAUCUUAUUUUGAGAAAAAAACAAAUGGGUGUAAGUGUUUUCAUUAGAAAUCUAAUGCGAUUCAAUCAACGUAAUCUUAUAUUGCUACAACCAAUUCUGAAUCAAUUCCUUCAAAACACUUCCUACGAAAGUUUAAAUAAGUUUACUGCUGAAUAUUGGGCAGUGAACAAAAGUAGCAGUACAACUGAUGGAAAAUGGAUAAAAUGUGACACGGAUAUCUAUGAUGGUCUAUAUAGUGCUCAGUAUGGAUCAAAUAAAGUAUCGAUUAAUUGUAUAACAGGUACAUUUUUAGUCGAUAAAGUGACGAUUGGUUUUUUACCUGAAAAAAUGACGUCGGAUGAAUUGUUUAUUGGUGUCUUUGGGAAGCAACUUUUUGAAGUCCAACCAUCAAACAAAAAGGAUACUUAUAUUACUAAACAUGGAUAUCAUACAGAUGGAAAAGUUCAUUAUGAAUUUAAUUACAAUAAUUACCCCCAUCGUCUGACAAUUCAAGAACGACAUAAUCAAACAAACAAGAGAUUUGAAUUGAUUCCUUCCAAUUGA